GGAGAAGGCAGGAGAAUGGGGUUGAGAGGGAAAUAGAUCAUUCAUGGUUGAAUGUUAUAGACUCGAUGGCCUAAUUGUGCUUCUAUGACAUGAACUUCUGAAUGUUCAAUCUUCUGUUUCAGUGCGCAUGGGAAGAUCAGAGAAAACUUCAACUGCCAUAAUAAUAAUAACAGCAUCAGUCUGUAGAAGGCACCUGACCCGAAGAGUCAACUGUCCAUUUGUUCCACCGACGCUACUUGAUCCACUGGGUUCGUCGAGCACUUUGGUUAGUUUGGUUUAGAGAUACAGCAUAGAAACAGGCCCUACGGCCCACCGAGUCCAUGCCAAUCAUUGAUGGCCCACACACUAGUUCCACGCAAUCCCAUUUUCGCACCCUAUGCACUAAUUUUUAGAGGCUAAUUAACCUAUAAUUCUGCAUGCCAUUUGAAUGUGGGAAACCCAUGCAGUCACCGGGUGAAUGUGAAAACAACUCCACACAGACAAGCACCCGAGGUCAGGAUCAAACCUGGGGUCUCUGGUACUGUGAGGCAGAAGCUCUUCCUGCUGUGCCACAUUGCCAUCACAAGACAUUGCUAAGACAUAUUUAAUAUUCCUAUUUCAGUGCAUUUGGGAAGAUCAGAGAAAAUUUAAUUUGCAGCUACCCAGCAAUAAUAAUAAUAAAUCUGUCUGAUGAAGGACCCUGACCCAAAAGGUCGCCUGCCCAUUCCUUCCACAGAUGCUGCCUGACUUACUGUCUUCUCUCAACACCAUUUAGCUGAGUCUAGCAAUACAGUGUGAUAUUGCUAACUUAAAAACAAAUUGUAAUAUAUGUAAAUUAUUACAUAUGUAAAAUGUUAUAAUUUAAAAUUAUAAUUUGUAUGGGCAACGCUGUGCUGCACAUGGUCUCACAGCACCAGAUUUGAUCCUUUUUUACCCAUGUUUGAUCCUGUUCUUGGGUGCUGUCGGUGAGGAGUUUGUAUGUUCUCCCUGUGACCGCGUGGGUUUCUUCCGGCUGCUCCGGUUUGCUGCGUAUUCCCCAAGCGUGCAGGGAGUGGAUGGGAAAGUGGGAUAAUAUAGAACUGGUGUGAAUGGAUGAACGAUGGUCAGUGUGGACUCGCUAGUCCGAAGGACCUGUUUCCAUGCUGCAUCUCUAAACAAAAAAAAACUAACAUUGGUAUUUUUUGGAAAGACACAACAUGCUGGAGUAACUCAGCCGGUCAGAUAGGAUCCCUGGAUACUGUUGGAUAUUGGCAGACACGGUCAUGUAUGUACCAAGAGGAAUAUUAGUCCAGGAAAUUCACAGUAAGUUUAAAAAAUGUACUUGCACAGUCAAGUAAAAUGAUGCAUGCGUGUGGGUGCACACUGUACGUGUGUGGUUGUUUACGUGUCCUUUAAGCGAGUGAACGAAACAGGUAAUUCCCGAUCAGUAAUGGAUUUCAAUGCUUAAAAAAAAAUCCGACCUUCAGUUUAAAUGAUCGUUUCCCAGUUGAAGAAUGCCAGCGGGUUAUUUGCAAAGCUAGUGGCGCGGAAACGUCAGCUUGAUCUGAAGCAUCGCCAUCUGUCACCUUGACUGAGAAACACCCAGUCGCCGGGCUCAGGUGCAGAGCGCUAUUUACAUGGUUCACACCUGAAGCAGUUUUGUUUUAAUUUGAAAAAAAUGAACUCGAGGAAGCCAAAAGCAGUGAAUGGUUUUCUGUGUAUACGUGGCUGUCGGGUCGAUACAUUUGAAGUAUUAAUACAUUCCACAGACAAGGGAGGCACCAUUGUAGCCUCUUUUGAAUGAUACAAACUUUGAGUGUGGUGGGAGGCAUCUGUCACAUGCGCCUGAGUAGUCGAGUAAAAAAAAUAACGACAACCAAAGAACCCGGCGACCCUUUACAACAAGGAAGGAAAAAGACUUCGAUAGGAAAUGUUUUGAACAAAGUAAUGUCGCGAAGCUUCAACAACCCUAACUCUGGAUACUGUUAAUUGCAAACCAUGGAAUGCAGCGACUGGUAAAGCGCCAUUGAGCGGGAAUAGUCUCCCCGAUGGCGGUUUACAAAAAAAACUGGGCGAGAGAGCAGUGUAGUCCCUUCCUGCAAAAAGCGGUGACUCAAACCUAACCAUCCGGGGCUCCUUAAACUCGUGAACAACUUUUAUUUCAAACUUCCCAGUUUCCCUCUGCAUCCGGCGCGCUGUGUAAGUUUCAGUUCUGUACAGUGCUGACGUAUGAUCAGGAACAGAUUUUGUUCUACUUUAUUUUUUGUUUCCACAGGCCGAAUACAUCGUUCCGUUUCCGUGGGGGACAGCGAUCGUAGAUGUUAAAUUGCAAUCUGUUUCAUAUUUUAAGAUUUGCAUCAAUCCAUUGUCAGGCGCAGGCUAUUCUUGAGGGAGAACGGUUGUGAAAAAUAUGUAAUGUCUGCCUGGCGUGUUGGAACAUGCACCUCGCACAGCUGAGCCAUGGUCGAAGAUGGCGGAGUUGUUAUCUUGGGAGGCAGACACCAGCGCUGCGGCAGAGGUGUACCUGGCAGACAACAGGCUGAAUUUAGACGUCUAUCCAAAUGGCACCAGGCACUUUUUGGUGCUGUGCAAUGCUCGCAGGGAGGAGUUACUACAGAUUGAGUUUCUACGACUAAACUGCAAUGAGGAGGAGAUCAGUUCAUCACUUUCCAUCAUUCCUGAACUACGGCAGCUGAAAUCACUCGUGCUUAAAGGUGGUCAUCUAUGGGAUGAAUAUGGCAUGUGUCUGCCUGGUCUCGUUACAACUUUGCCUGUGGAGUUUACACAUCUCCAGCACUUGACCCAUUUGGAUCUGAGCUUCAACAGCUUCACCUCUUUGCCUGAAUGUGUGACAGAUUUAAAGGAGCUGACGGUGCUCUUGCUGAGUCACAACAAGCUGGCUGCGCUGCCCGACAGCAUUGGCAAGCUGGUAAAACUGACUUUUCUUUCCCUGAUGAAAAACCAGCUGAGGGUGCUGCCCGCAAGCGUUGGUGAACUUGUAGCGCUUCAGAGAGCAGACUUGUCCGAAAACGAACUGGAAUUGCUUCCCGACGAGAUAGGAAACCUCUGCAGUUGUACCUGGAUAGACCUUUCGGGGAAUCGACUGAAAACUCUCCCAUCCUCACUUGCAAACAUGACAUCUCUUGGGGAAUUGCAUCUGCACAGCAAUCAACUAGUAACGGUCCUGGCAAGCCUUGCAGACCUCCCCAACUUGUCAAGACUUGCCCUGCAGAACAAUAGUCUGCGCUCGGUGCCUCCUGAGAUUCAGAAUUUCCCCUUUGUGCAUUUGGAGGGCAAUCCAAUAGGAGAGACAGACAGCCCUGAAGAACAAGACCAUGCCGAACCAAAAGAAGUUGUGAGCCGAUACCUUACGUCUAAUUCAGACAGCUUUACUGUUACUGCUGAAGGCUGCAAUGUUGUUUUGCCCUGCGGGAUUGAGAUCCAUUUCCCUCCGGAGGCAGUGUCCUUGGUGGCUGUGAUUUCCUGCAACAUAAUCCCUCCCGACCCCCAGCAGGUGAAACUCGGCCAUCACGACUUCCUACUGAGCCCUGUAUUGGAACUCCUUCCUCACGGAAUACAAUUUGAAAAGGAAGUGAUGAUCUGGAUGCCGUAUAUUAUUCCUCGAUCUGACCACCGAAGAGAAGUUGUGAUGAGAACAUUCAAUGGGAGCUGGACCAACCUGGAGACCAAGAUUUCCAAGUCGCGACAUGUGGCCUGCUGCAGAGUGCUCCACUUCUCCUGGUUCAUUGUCAUCUCGCGGCUGAGGGAGAAUACGUGCACCGUCCCCAUGGAAGGGACCUUGUUGUUCUCGUCUGUGGAUCCCAACAUCAAGGUGACCUUUCCAUCCGGUGCAGUGAACCACACACGCAGUGUGAAAAUGCAGGUGUUGCCUGUUGCGAUGGAGGAGUUACAUGAACUAACAGAUGAUCAGGAUUCUCUCGCAAGCCCUUUGCUCUGCUUGUCUCAAAACUCAGCUGACAACUUUCUGAAACCAGUAAAGAUUCAGCUUCCAUUACCUUCCGGAAUCACAGGUUUGAAUCUGGACCGAUCCAAAGUUCAUUUACUCCAUGGAGAUCCAGAGGUUGAGGACUGGAUGGACAUUACGAAUCAGGUGGUGCUGGAAUUCACUCACCUUUAUGCUAUUUUUGAAGUUAACCACUUCUCAUGGUACUGGCUGUGGUACACAACCAAGACGUACGUUGGUGGAAUCGCUCAAAAAGUAUAUGAACGCCUGAGGAGGUGGCAGGUCAACUUCCUGGCGCGGCAGAGGAAGAGGGAUCCAGAACAAAUAUUCCUACAGUGCGUUCCCAAACACAAGGUUGAGUCUGUUUGCAAGAAUUUGCAGAAGAGGUAUUGGGGACCCGAGCCAUCUGAUAUUGUCGAAAUGUUUGAAGGAGAAGAAUUCUUUGCUGGAUUUGAAAAGGGAAUUGAAAUUGUUUCAGAUCGACCAGAUUGCAUAGAUGGGAGAAUCAGUUUCACCUUUUACUCGCAUCUGAAGAACAGCAAAGAGGUUUAUAUCUCCACUCUAGAUGACAGGAAAACACAGGCUGUGAAAGGACAGGUUUCCUUUUACCGAGGAUCCUUACCAUCAAAUAUACCUGAAGAGGCUGCGAGGAAGCGAAAAGGACCAGAUUCGAUGUGGCUGGCCACUUUGCCAAUCAAGUUGCCAAAACAGAAAACAAGACUUCAUAAUGAGUCAAGAAAGGAAUCAUCAUAUCCACCGUUAAAUCUAGGUGAUGAAGAGACUGGCUACCUGACUGAAGUGAAUCUUUUGAGUAUUGCCAGAAGGAUCGGGCCAGAAUGGCAGAACAUUGGAAUAAAUCUCGGUUUAACCUACUCACAAUUGGAAAGAAUAGCCCACAAUCACAGGGACGACCUGGGCAAGCAAAUCCUGGAGAUGCUCUUUACAUGGGCACGCUGCAAUGCAAAUGUCUCAGGCUGCAUCAGUCAUCUCAUUGAAGCGAUGAAGGAGAGUGACCGGGAAGAUAUCGCGGAGGAAAUACACAGUAUAAUUGAACUUGGCAAGAAGAAAUACCGCGAGUCCAUUUAUCGAGUUGGACUGAGCCAGGAAAGCAGCAAUGAAGAUUCAGCCAUUGCAAUGGUCUAACCGUGAAGGCACUGGUCUUCGAUCGCAGAUCAAUGAAAAUGCAUUGAACCUUUGGUGAUGGUGCUACAGGAGAAUUAGAAUUUUAUUCAAUAUUUAUUUUUGAUGGAAGUCAGUGUCAAGGAGCGUAGUGAACUCUUGGGAGUUCUAUUGGAAAAUUGCAUCACAAAUUUCUGGGUUUGUAUUUUAUGUAAAUAUAGAGAAGGCUUCAAGACUGAACACAAAAUUUGAAACGAUGAGCAAUUUACAAUAUUAUUUCAAUUAGAGUGAAGAGCCCUUUAUUUCACUGAUUGUUUGAUUGAUACUUUAUUGUCAUGUGUACUUGGUACAGUGAGAUUCUUUGUUUUGCAUACAGUACAUGUAAGUCGCCAUGUAAAAGGUGCCGACAAUGUUACAAAAGUAUUCAAUACAGUGCCUCUUCCUUCUCCCCCAUCUUGUGUGUUACUAAGAGGAGCACAUUACUUAUCCUUGUACCCUCAUGCCAAUACGUGUUUGCAGUUACUCACUGGAACUUACUAGCACUGGAACAAACUGUCCACCUUAAAUCUACAUCAAAGAUUUACUCCAUCAGAAUCUGCUAGUCAAAGCCCUUCCUGUUCCCCAUGCAAUUUUGGUAGAAGGAGUGUUUUCCCAUUUAGAAACACAAGCCUUUGCAUUGUGAGUUUCCUAGUAUUGCCGAACUCUGAUGAAUGGGUACGGUCUGAAAUUCUGGCAGAUCGGGUUGCUAUGAGGCAGUGACAAACCAGGAAGAGAACUUGGCAACACCACACAAUGUACGCCUUCUUACAUUGCAGGCGUCAUGUUAAUGCUUCCACCCUAAAGCUUGGUUUUUUAGAUGAAUGUUGUACUUCACAGUUUAGCAGGCCCAUAUAGAAUAACUAAAUUAGUAAGAAAGUGAGUUACUUAAUUGUUGAAGUUUUAAAACUUCCAGCAGCAAUUCCUAUGGACUGCUAAUCUCCAGGUCUGAUUGCAUUGCACAAGUGUAUUUUUUUUUCCUUCUUUUUCAACCUUUGUGCCCUUGCUGAGGGUGAUUGACAACAGAUCUUUCUAACUGUUGCAGAAACUUAGCCACUUGCACAGAAGUUCACAACCACACAGUUUUUGAAACUUAUAGCUGCUGGCAUCCAUAGCAAAUGAUAGACCAGGAAUACAUCUUUGAUAAGCAAAUAAUUAUUCAUUUAAAAGUUGAACUCCUACGUACUAGAAUGGGUUGUUCCUUUCCAAUAUGUGGUAGGGUGUCAUCAUGGUCAUUCCAGAUAACUAGGACACCUGUAUAAAAGCUCUUUUACAAACAUAUUUCCUCUAAUAUUAACACCUGUAUUCAUGCAUUCCUACACCACUCUCUUUCACACAGCGCUGGAGUAGCUCAGCGGGUCAGGCUCUCUGACACACUGAGUUACUCCAGCAUUCUGUGUCUUCUUUUGUAAACUAGCAUCUGCACUACCUUGUUUCUGCCACUCUUUUUUACUUUGCCCCAUUAUCUCUUUUCUUAUCUAAUUCAAUCUAUCUUGCCCUCUGUCAAUGAUAUUUUUAAAUUCUUUUCCAUCUCUGCUUCCCAUCUGAGGCUUAAAACUUGUUUAUCGCUAAUCUUUUUCUCAAUAUAGAUGUGAAAAAUUAACUUUUUAAAUUUCCACGGGUACCUCCUAAUGUGUGUAUUUUAAAAUGUUUUGGUUAUACUACAGAUUUCAGUUCGACAGCAAAUUGCCAGAGUUUUUGAAUUAAAGUAACCUCGUACUGUUUGUUUUUAAAUGUUUCUCUUCAUUUAUUUAUGUGUAUAAAUCUGGGUAUUCAUGUAUGACAUCUUGAAAUAGUUUUUGCACAGAUCAUUAAUGUUAAUUGUUAAGGAUGCACUGAGCAUUAAGUGAAUACAUUAGUGAAUGUAAUUUUUUAAACAAGGCACAAUUUUAUGUUAAUUUAUUUUCAAACAGUGGAUUUGUUCAAUGAACUAUAAAGAGUGUACAGACAUGACUUAAUGUAUUCUAAAAUGAAUACAGCAAUAAAUGUUGUCUCUUAUUUUUAAAUAAUAAAGAUUGGUGAUUUUUUCCUUUCA